GGUGGCGGCCGCGGGGCUGAGGCGGGUGGGAGCCGGAACCGAGUGCGUGCUGAGGGAGGAGGGCGGCGACUGGAGAGCGGCGAGCGGCGCGGGACCCGGAGCCUCUUCCACUUUUUCCCUCCCGAGCGCCCCCUCCCACCCCUCCCGCUCCGCAUACACCCUGUUUGCCCGUGAGCCUGGGGAACUUGCAGCUUAAAGCCAGCCACCCCCACAGCAACAUGUACCCCAGCAACAAGAAGAAAAAGGUGUGGAGAGAGGAGAAAGAACGUUUGCUGAAGAUGACCGUAGAGGAGAGACGCAAAGAAUACCUAAGGGACUAUGUUCCCUUGAACACCAUCCCAUCAUGGAAGGAGGAGAUGAAGGGCGAGAGCCAAAAUGAUGAAGAAAAUACUCAGGAAACAUCACAGGCGAAGAAAAGUUUGAGUGAAGAAGUUUCUCUCUAUAGAGGUGACAUCACAUUGCUAGAGGUAGAUGCUAUAGUCAAUGCUGCAAAUGCCAGUCUUCUUGGAGGUGGAGGUGUGGACGGCUGUAUUCACAGAGCAGCUGGCCCCUGUUUGCUCGCUGAAUGUCGUAACCUGAACGGCUGUGAAACUGGACAUGCAAAAAUCACGUGUGGCUAUGACCUGCCUGCAAAAUAUGUUAUCCAUACCGUAGGACCAAUAGCCAGAGGCCAUAUUAAUGGUUCCCACAAGGAAGACCUUGCAAAUUGCUAUAAAUCGUCUCUGAAACUGGUGAAAGAAAAUAACAUCCGAUCAGUUGCAUUUCCCUGCAUCUCAACCGGCAUUUAUGGUUUUCCAAACGAACCUGCUGCAGUCAUUGCCCUCAGCACCAUUAAGGAAUGGCUGGCCAAGAAUCAGCACCAGGUGGAUCGGAUCAUCUUCUGUGUCUUCCUAGAAGUCGACUUCAAAAUCUACAAAAAGAAAAUGAGCGAGUUUUUCCCUGCAGAUGAUAAUAAUGAAGAAGAAGACAUUGACAUGAAAGAAGAUUCAGAGGGGUUGGAGCCAAAAGACCGCUCUCCACCCCCCAAGAAGAGCAAAGCAAAGAAGCCAGAAGGCUCCAAGGACUCUAGUGAGGAUGAGAACGGUCCACAGGAAAAGCCAAGUGCCAAAGAAAUGGAAGGGGAGAGCCAAGAAGCAGAUGGUGCCAGCGCUGCUACCGUGCCCAGCCCUUCUUCAGAAGAGGCAGCUGAAGUCUGUAAAGAUGAAGAUUCUGCAAAGGAUGACAAUAUUACAAAAGGAAAUGAAGUAACAGAUCAUUCUGUAUGUGGUCAAGAUCAUCCCAAUGGACAAAAGAAUGAUUCAGUGAAGAAUGAAAUAAUGAUUGAGGUAGAGUCCCAGAGCUCAUCUAUGGAAACAGAAGAGCUUUCCUCGAACCAAGAAGGUACCAUGAUCGUGGAGCAGCAAGCAGUGAUUCCAUUAACAGCUGACCAGGAAGAAAAAGAAGGUGAAAAAGCUCAAGGCGAGGACACACCUAGCGUUCCUGUGAAAAGCGAAGGCUCUGGUGACACAGAAAAUUCUACAAGUCCUGAUGUUGAAAUGAGUAAUCAGGUUGACAGUGUAAAUGACCCAACAGAGAGUCAGCAAGAAGAUUAACUAAUAGGGGCACAAGAUGAAGCAAAGGAACAAAGAAAUGGAAGUAAAUGACAGUCCUCAGCAUUGCAGGCCUCCCGGCC